AUGGUUCUGCGAAACUUCCAUACCGAGGCCCUACGGGAUCUAUGCAAUGAAGAGCAACUGGAUCUUCUGAAUUCAAUUGAUACCCUCCGCUCCCAAGGUAUUAGCCACUAUAUCUCCCUGCCGCAGAUCAUAGUCUGUGGUGACCAGUCUUCUGGGAAGAGCUCCGUUCUUGAGGCAAUAUCCGGUGUGGGGUUUCCUGUCAAAAGUAACCUGUGCACCCGAUUUCCUACCGAGCUUGUCCUCCGAAAGCAUUCCCAUGUCGGGGUUCGUGUAUCCAUCGUGCCUCAUCACACGCGCAGCGACAUUGAGCAACGAUCACUCAGUGAUUUCUGCGAACAGCUAGAGAGCUUCGAAGGGUUACCGAUCCUGAUCGAAAAAGCCAAAGGGGCAAUGGGGAUAACAACCCAUGGAAAGGCCUUCUCAAAUGACAUCCUUCGGAUUGAAGUGUCGGGUCCUGACCGCCCUCAUCUGACUAUCGUCGACCUGCCUGGACUUAUCCAUUCGGAAACCAAACAACAGUCAGCGAUGGAUGUUCAGCUUGUUCAGGAUGUCGUCCAAUCCUUCAUGCAAGAGCCGCGCAGCAUCAUCCUGGCCGUUGUGUCUGCCAAAAAUGACUUUGCCAAUCAAAUUGUCCUUAAGCUAGCUCGAGAUGCGGACCCCUCUGGAAGGCGGACGCUUGGGAUCAUAACAAAGCCUGACACCUUGGUCGCCGGGUCUGAAAGUGAAACAAUGUUCGUCUCAUUAGCGAAGAAUCAGAAUGUGGAAUUCCGGCUUGGAUGGCACGUCUUGAAGAACAUGGACAUGGAUAAAGGCCAAUGGACCCUAAAGCAACGCGAUGCCGAGGAACACGACUUCUUCUCCCAAGGAGUAUGGAAAGAUCUGCCAAGCUCCCUAGUUGGCAUUGACAGCCUGCGGACACGGCUGAGCAAGGUGCUGCUUUCGCAAAUCGCCACCGAGCUACCGAGCCUGAUCAGAGAGAUUGAAGAUAAGGCCGACCACUGCAGAACUCGCCUACAAAGACUUGGCGAACCACGAAUCACUAUUGAUGAGCAGAAGUCUUAUCUUCUGAAUAUAAGCCAGUCCCUUCAGGAGCUUGUGAAAGCGGCGAUUGAUGGCACAUACAAUGACCCUUUUUUCGGAGACGCAAACUCCACCAAUGGAUAUCAUAAAAGAAUACGAGCCAUGGUGCAGAACUCUAACGAAGAUUUUGCCGAGCGCAUCAGCCGGCGGGGUCACUAUCGACGCAUCUGCGAGCCCAAUGAUGGACAGAGUCCGGCUAAGCACCAGGUUGGUGUUACUCGUGAGGAGUAUAUCAAGCACAUCAGCCAUCUCCUCAGGAGAACCAGGGGCCGCGAGCUACCUGGGACAUUUAAUCCAAUGAUAGUUCGUGAUCUAUUCUUGGAGCAGUGCUCUCCGUGGGAACAACUGACCUGCUGCCACACAGACGGCAUAUGGGCCGCUGCGAGAAAGUUUCUCACCCUUGUGGUUAAACACAUCACCGAUGAAGCCACCUCAGCCGCAUUGAUCGAUGAGAUCAUCGUCCCGGCUUGCGACUCUAUCAAAAAGGAAAUCGACAUCAAGACUCGAGAACUCCUGGAGCCCCACCAAAGAGGGCAUCCAAUUACCUACAAUCACUAUUUCACGGAAACCCUUCAGAAGAUUCGGGCUGAGCGCCAAGAAGACCAGCUCGCCAAGACCUUGCGACGAUUCUUUGGGGUAGACAGCUUAAAAGAGCCUUACAUAUCAGAGCAUUCAAUCAAUCUUGAUCAACUUCUCAAAUCGCUGUUGCAACAAUCCGAACCUGAUAUGGUUGCAAGGAAGCGAUUCGUGGAUGAUAUUGCCAACGAAGUUGUGGAAAGCAGACUGAUGUCCACUCUGUCCCGCAUCUUCUCGCCAAUGACAGUGUUCGAUAUGCCAGCGGAUCUUAUCGUAAGGAUUGCCGGCGAGUCAAAAGAAAGUCAAACAAUUCGUGAGCAGCUCAACAAGGAGCUCUUGAUCUUGACAAAAGGCUCGGAGACCUGCAAACGGUUUGUUAGGACAAAAAGCGAUGGUAUACGACCCCAUCCUUAA